UUCAUUUCAUAAUCUAGAUGCAUGUUUGUAUGUUUUAUACAUUGUAUAACUUAGACAUGCAAUGUAUAGUCCAAAGUCGAUGUUUCGAAACGGUAUGCUCUUGACAUCUGUUUACAUUUCUUUCAAGUUGUGUCGUAGGAUGUUUGUUAUGAAUUGAAGUAUCCGUAGCAGUUUCUGAGAUAUUUUAUGUAUUUUUACGGUGAAAGACCAUUGCACGAAAUGUUUCUUCAGUGCUUCAAUGUUAUAUGUUUCGGUGAUCAAUUGUAAAUAGACUCAUUAUGGAUGUAGACACACCUUUGAUGCACGAAACCGUUUACGGUGUGUCCCCCGGGGAAGAAUGUCACGUUAUGUCUGAUAAAGUUCAGACUUUAGCUAACAACAUCUACGAAGAAUUUGCUCGCAUGAUCACAAAAUAUGACGAAGAUGUCGUGAAACAGCUGAUGCCUCUGGUCAUUAGUGUCCUCGAACAUUUGGAUUUGUCAUUCGUGGAGAAUCAGGAACAUGAAGUGGAACUAGAAUUGCUCAGAGAAGAUAAUGAACAAUUAGUUACGCAGUUCGAACGCGAAAAACAGCUCAGGAAAUCGUCUGAACAGAAACUAUUAGAAUUGGAAUAUACAGUGGAUGAUGACAGGCGAGACUUGCAAAGCAAAGUUGAAAGCUUGGAAUCCCUCGUAAGAAUUCUAGAAAUAAAGGCGAAAAAUUCUGCAGACCAUGCAUCUAGGUUAGAAGAAAAAGAAGUGGAAAUGAAAAAAGAGUAUGCUAAACUUCAUGAGCGUUAUACGGAGGUCUUUCGAACUCACGUCGAUUAUGUGGAAAGAACAAAAAUUUUGUAUGGGAAUGAAAAGGCUGAAAUGAUUUCUUCAAAGAUGAAAAAUAGCAUUCCACAGUUGAAAUCAGGAUCUCUGUACAGUGUAAGCUCUGAAGAAUCUUCCAUCAAAUCUCUCUCCAGUCCACCUGACUUUAGUGGUUUAACGCCUCCAAAUCAUGUAUCUGAUUCUGUGAGGUGCUUACGAAAUGAACUUCACGAAAUUCGAUCUGGAUCACCUCUUACGUCGCCUAACUCCUGCCAUCAUAUGAAGCCAACACAAAGAAGUGGGUGGACAGAUGGCUUCGGAUCUGAUUUAACGGACUUGUCAAUAUCAUCAGCUCCUGAUGUGGACGACAUGAAUGACUUGUCCUUAGUUGACUUACCACCCACAGCUACUUUAAACAGUGAAAAAAGAAGGCCUAAUACUUUGUAUCAAGAAUUAAGUUUCCAAGAAGCAGAAAAUCUACAAGAUGGAGAGGACUGCAAUGAUAUAGCUGGCAUGGGGAAAGAAGUAGAAAAUCUAAUAUUGGAAAACAAUGAACUAUUAGCUACAAAGAAUGCUUUAAAUAUAGUGAAGGAUGAUCUUAUUGCAAAGGUUGAUGAACUGACAAGUGAAAUGGAAAUCUUACAAGGAGAAAUAAAAUCCUUGCAAGCAGUAAAGGAAAGGCUAAAGCAACGAGUGAUUGAUUUGGAAGAAGAGUUAAAGAAGACAAAAGAAGAAGCUGAAAAAAUCAAAUCAAAGUUUGAAGAAGAAGAAGAUAUACCUCUUGCCCAGAGAAAACGUUUCACCAGAGUAGAAAUGGCUCGAGUCUUAAUGGAACGUAAUCAGUACAAAGAGAAAUUAAUGGAACUCCAAGAGGCUGUUCGGUGGACUGAAAUGAUCCGAGCAUCUAGAAAUGAUCCCGCUUCAGAUCAGAGGAAGAAUCAGUCUUCUAUUAGAAAAUUCUUCAGCAGUCUGUUUAGCUCAAGUAGUUCGUCUGAAAAAGCGAUGAGGAAAUCUCCAACUUCAUCUGGCAUUUUAUACAGUUCUCCAUCGGUUCAUGUCAGUCCCACUUUGGAUGCCCUGCGGAAGACGAGGUUGGGAGAAAAAGGGAGAAGUGUUGAUUUUCUUGAUAGUGAUUUAGCCUCUGAGAGGUUUCAGCAGCAGAGAGCAAGAGAAAGGAAAGAACAGUAUAAGCAAGUCCGUGCCCAUGUAAAGAAAGAAGAUGGCAGAAUGCAGGCAUAUGGAUGGAGUCUUCCAAUUCAUGUUAGCGACAAUAAAACUAGUAGUGAUACUGAAUCAAAGAGUUCCAUCGCAUUUGAUCCAAGUUUUCCUGUGCCUGUUCCCGUUUACUGCAGGCCUUUAAUGGAUAAAGAACCUGGAAUGAAGAUUUGGUGUGCUGCUGGUGUUAACCUUCAUGGGGGACGAACCAGAGAUGGUGGGUCCAUUGUGGGAGCCAGUGUAUUUUAUUCGUCUCCACCAGAAGAAGACAUAUCUCCAGCAGAUUUAUCAGAAGUUGACAAACUGAAUCAUGAAUUAGCUGAACAAGAAAAAUCUAGAAAAGAAAAUGAAGAGAUGGAGCAGAGGUUAUCAUCCCUCAUAUGGAUAGGGACGAGUACUCAUACAAACAGUAAAGUAAAUGUCAUCGAUGCUAGAAAUCCCGGAGAUGUCCUCAGUAGUUUUUUUGUGUGUUCUUCCCAUCUGUUGUGCAUAGCAAGUGUUCCAGGUGCUUGUGAGUCAGAUUAUCCAGUGGAUGAAGACUUUUUGAAACUCGGAGUUGAAGUAGACAAAUCUGAAGCACCUGAUGAAAGUAAAUCUACUGAUAGUGUGAGCAGCAGCAUUGGAAAUAUCACCUUUGUCAGUUGCUCUACUGGUCCUUCUUCUAGUCCUCCUUCACCUACCAAUGAAGACAAAGAAAGUGAACCAGUACUUUUCAGGCAAUCUACUGAAAAUGAAGUUCAAAAAGAGAACUCUGACGAGGUCACGAAUCAGAGUCGACAACCCCAAUGGAUAGUCAUGAAAGAUCCUCCAGAAAUAAUUAAAGACGGAAUAGCGGAAUUGUCGAAGGAUAACCCUCUGGCCUAUGAGCAUAUCGAAAAAAUGUCGAGUGUCUUGCCCACCAUGUGGAUGGGUGCGCAAAAUGGCAGUAUUUAUGUCCAUUCAUCAGUUGCUCAAUGGUGGAGGUGUAUUCAUACAGUGAAAUUAAAGGAUGCUGUUCUCAAUAUUGUGCAUUUACGAGGUAGAGUGGUUGCAGCAAUGGCAAAUGGAACUGUUGCUAUUUUUCAUCGUGGAGAAGAUAAUCAAUGGGAGCUUAAUAACUAUCAUUUGUUGGAUCUUGGUUAUCCUCAUUACUCAAUACGGUGUAUGAUAGUUGUCCACAACAAGAUUUGGUGCGGCUACCGCAACACUAUCCAUGUCUUUUGUCCAAAAACCUUAUCCAUAGAGAAAUCAUUUGACGCUCACCCUCGCAAAGAAAGUCAAGUCCGUCAGCUAGCUUGGGUGGGUGAUGGUGUGUGGUUGUCUAUAAGACUUGAUAGUACUCUGAGGUUAUACCAUGCCCAUACUUACCAGCAUCUUCAAGACAUUGAUAUUGAACCAUACAUUUCCAAAAUUUUAGGUACUGGAAAGUUAGGAAUUUCUUUUGUCCGCAUCACUGCUUUAUCCGUGUCUUGUUGUCGUCUUUGGAUAGGCACGGGAAAUGGUGUUAUAUUGUCUGUUCCUCUUCAUGAACCGGGUGCCAAGCGCUGGGUUCAGGAUGAUACUCAGCUGCCAGGAAUGGCCAUACGGGUAUAUUCUGAUGACAAAGAUAACUUGACUCCUGGCAGUUUUGUACCAUAUUGUUCUAUGUCUGAAGCUCAACUCUCAUUCCAUGGCCAUAAAGAUGCAGUCAAGUUCUUUGUUGCUGUGCCAGGUAUGAUGGAAAGCAAAGCCUUACAAAGUACCUAUUUCUCCAAAGGUCAAGGUGAUAUGAACUCGAUAACCUCAUUAUCUGAUGAUAAGGAUGAUUUUGAAGCUCCUGAGAAAACUAUUAAGCCAAAGUAUAUGUAUAUAAUGUCAGGAGCAGAAGGUUAUAUUGAUUUUAGAAUUGGUGAUGAAGAGGAUGACACUGAUGGAACUGAUUUAAGUGAACGGUCCUCUCGCAGUUCACUGAGAUCAGAACAAAGUCAUCUGAUCGUGUGGCAGAUCCCUCUGCCCAGUACAAACGCGGGACAUUCGAGUCACUGAUGCAUUUAUUAUGCAAGAUGUGUACCUUAUAGAUACAUUUGUAAAGAAAUGUUUUAACUGUAAGAUAUUUAAAAAGAUAACUAAUUUAUAAUAUGUUUAAAGCAGCUUUUUGGAAAAAUAUUUAUGACUGACCAAGACAAGUAGGCUCUUUUAAUGUUUUUAGCAAUAUAUUUUGGUGCUUUUAACCUAAAUGUAUAUAUAAACUUUUAUUUAGACUUCACUUGGCAUGCCUGCCUAGUCAGAUCAUUUUGACAUCUUUGGGAUAGAGCACCCUUCCUUGUUUUUAAUUUUGACCCAAGUUUAGCGAGGCAAUAAUUCAAAUUUAAAUUAGUAUUGUUUUAGCUUGU